GUACCCAAAAUUAGUGAGGUUGCAGAAACAAUAUUUACUGGGCUUGGUCUUUCCAUGCAACUUCUGGGGAUCACCCAGCGGUCUGCAGAGACGAUGAGCUUGGAACCUCCGAAAUCUCUUUUUCUGAUAGUGGAAUGCUCAACGGCCAUCGAACAGAUUGCUCGUCAGUCGCCACAGCCCAACCACCCUUAAGGAACCGGGUCAGUGAUCCGGCCCAGUUAUUCAGUGGUCUUCUGUUGUAAGCCUGGGCGGCCGACGACGAACCGACGCUAUCAAACUCAAGAGGCCAGAGCUGUUCUUCUUCCCCCCGGACGCCACCACUCUCUCCUCCUCCUCCUCUGCCUGCAAUGAACGCCUCUGUCUAUUCCGCCUCCUUCGCCGUUCUCAAAAGCUCCCUCGCCCUCGCCUUCCCCUCCCCUCCUCUCCGCCUCCGUCACGCCCCCUCCUCCCUUCCUGUUCGCUCCUUGCAGACGUGUUCUUCGCCCACUCUUCUCGGACCGCCUAGAAGCUCCACCCUGGCGACCGCGCAGCCGCUUCAGCAGGAGGAAGCAUCGGACGAGGAGGAGUUGACGGAAACUGUGCGGCCUUCCGUGGAGCCUUUCCAUGAUGUGGCCGCGGAGAGGGAGAUGAGGUCCUUUCCCUCCCCUGAACUCGAGGUGAAGGAGCUGGAGGAGCUCCCCGAGCAGUGGAGGCGGUCCAAGAUCGCAUGGCUCUGCAAGGAACUGCCUUCCUACAAGCACUCUACUUUCGUCAGAAUACUCAACGCCCAGCGCAAGUGGAUCACACAGGACGACGCCACGUACGUUACCGUCCACUGCAUGAGAAUCCGGGAGAACGAAGCCAGCUUCCGGGUGUACAAAUGGAUGUCCCAGCAGCACUGGUUCCACUUCGAUUUCUCUCUCGCGACAAAGCUGGCUGAUUAUUUGGGGAAGGACCGGAAAUUCGCAAAAUGCCGGGAGAUCUUUGAUGCUAUAAUUAAUCAAGGUCGUGUGCCCAGCGAGUCCACUUUUCACAUCUUGACGGUAGCUUAUCUGAGUGCUCCCGUCGAAGGCUGCCUUGACGAGGCAUGCAGUGUUUACAAUAAGAUGAUUCAGCUGGGUGGUUACAGGCCCCGCCUUAGCUUGCAUAACUCUCUCUUCCGAGCCCUCGUGAGCCGGUCCGAUGGCCGGGGAAAGUACUAUCUCAAACAGGCUGAGUUCAUCUUCCACAAUAUAGUGACUUCUGAAUUCGAGGUGCAUCAGGAUAUCUAUGCGGGGUUGAUCUGGCUCCAUAGCUAUCAAGACAUUAUCGACUGGGAAAGAAUUGCAGAUCUAAGGCAGGAGAUGAAGAAUGCCGGUUUCAAGGAGAGCACUGAUGUGCUCAUUUCCAUCAUGAGAGCUUGUUCCAAGGCAGGCAAUGUAGAGGAAACUGAAAAGACAUGGCUCAUGCUUCUUGAGAGUGAUUGUAGAAUCCCUCCUAAAGCCUUUGUUUAUCGCAUGGAGGUUUAUGCAAAGGUCGGGGAACCGAUGAAAUCGUUGGAGAUAUUUGAAGGGAUGAAGAGGCAAAAUGAACCUGUCAGUUCUGCUGCAUAUCUUAAGAUCAUUGAGGUCAUGUCAAAAGCUGAGGAGACUGAAAUAACAGAAACAAUUUUUGAUGAGUACAUUGGAAGCGGAAUGAAACCUGUUAUGCCUGCUUUCCUCAGUUUGAUGUCUAUGUACUUUAAUUUGCACUUGCACGACAAGUUGGAAACAGCCUUCUCACGGUGUGCCACUGGAUGCUGUCCCAAUCGGAGCAUCUAUAACCUUUACCUGGAAUCCUUGGUAAGGGUUGGUUACCUUGAGAAGGCAGAGGACAUAUUUAAUGAAAUACACACAAAUGGGAUGAUCGGUACUAAUGCUCGGUCAUGUAACGCCAUUUUAGACAGCUAUCUUGCUUCAGGAGAGUGUGCUAAAGCUGAAAAGGUCUACGACAUAAUGCGCCAGAAGAAAUAUGAAAUAGAACCCCGCUCUGUGGAAAGGCUCCAAGAAGUUCUAAGCUUGAACAGGAAGAUAGUUAAGAGAAAAGUAAGCAUGAAGCUUGAUGAAGAACAGCGUGAGAUUUUAGUUGGCUUGCUGCUAGGAGGUGUGAGAAUAGAAUCAGAUGAGGAGCGGAGGAACCACAUAAUCCUUUUUGAAUUCAGUGAGAACUCCAACAUUCACUCGGUUCUGAGAGUGCACAUUCAUGAACGGUUUUAUGAGUGGUUAACAUUAUCAAGUAGGUCUAACGAUGAUGAUAAUGAGAUGCCGUACCGAUUUUCCACCAUUGCACAUUCCUAUUUUGGUUUCUUUGCCGAUCAGUUCUGGCUGAAAGGACGACUGAUGAUUCCAAAGCUUGUUCAUAGAUGGCUGUCAGCACGUGUUCUGGCAUAUUGGUACAUGUAUGGAGGCUUGAGAUCAUCCUCAGGUGAUAUAUUGCUCAGGCUGAAAGGUGGCAGCCGUGAAGACACCGAAAGGAUCAUCAGGGCAUUUCAGGCAAAGUCCUUGGGAUGCAGAGUCAAGAGGAAAGGAAGAGUGUUUUGGAUGGGUUUUCAAGGAACCAAUGCUGAUAUGUUCUGGGAGCUUGUAGAACCAUAUAUUUUGGAGAGUGUUAAAAGCCUUCUGGUACCAGAUGGUUGUCUCUCGGUAAACGGCAAGGAAGAAAGUCAACCUGAUGACUCUGAUAGCAAAUUCGAGACCGAUGAGCGGAGUCCCCAUUGAGAAAUCAAUGAGAUAUCCAGAGAUCAAAUAUGAAAGACUGGUAGAAAUAAAUGCCCAACACACUAAAUGUAGAUUUUGUAAAAUAUCCUUUCACUCUAUUUAGGUUUGCAGCAAGGCCCAUUACGCUAUCUGAAUAUGAAAAGAUGAUAAAGCUGAAUAGGAAAAGGCAAAAGCAAACCAGUUUAAGUUGAUGUAAGAGUCUUCUUUGCCCGUUUGUGUGGAUUCAUUUACUCUUUCAAAUGAAAUUCUCUUUUCCCAAAA